CGUUGUCUUCCGUUUAAACAACAAACUUCUGGCAGCUGACGGCUGUGGCGGUUGUUGGGUCUUUUAAAAGUGACACACUUUUUAUUUAGUUAUUUAUUUAACAGCUGUUUAUGUCACUGGAUACAGUAAACAUCUUACAUUUUGAGAAAAAUAUCUGUGAGUCUUAAGGCGAAGUCAGUGUUGUGUACUUCUUGCUAGCUGGCUAUAGAUUAGCCGCAUACAUGGCAAGGCACGUGACACCCAGACACAAGAUGGUGUCCUCAGGCAGGUUGACAGGAUCUGGACGAGGACAGAUGACCAGGAAAAAGGUUGCAGGAAGACCUCUACAUCUUGACCCUUCAUAUUCUCUUUACUCCACAGAUUCAGAAGAUCAGGUCACAACCAUAAACAAAGGCCUGGAUCGAUGUGCAGCUUUGCUCAGUGAUAUACUUCAAGCUGAAAAAACAGAGUCCAAGACUAAGUCGCAGAGCACAAAGGCGGCUCCUUCCAAAAAGAAAACGUCACUUGGCAAGAACGAAGCAGAGAGAAAGAGGGUUGGGAAGAAGGCAAACGCAGUCACACGCAUAAACAAGAGACCAGCUCCGGUGCAGAAGACCAUCUUGCCCCCGCAGACUUACGCAGGAUUAAGAGGGCAGCCUUGUGUCCGUGGUGUGCAGCAGCCCCCUGCUCUUGAUGUUGUCAUCGGAUCAGAAGUGAAGCCGGGAGGGACCUCGGUGACACAAGUGGAGUGUGUUCAGCCUCACAGCUUUCCACUAGGCAGCAGUCUUCCAUCCACAGGACCGCAGCCCUCCACUGUGUUUAACUGCCGUCUGACCACCUCCACCCCAGCACUCAGUCCUCACAGACCCACAUCAGCUCACAGUCAAGCGCCUCACAGAGGAGCAGAUGGAGAGACGCAUCACUUCACUCAGCAGUGGGCUGGAGCCUCUGCGGCACCGUCAAAUCAACAUGGAGUUUUAAGUGCUACAGUUUCACCCACCCAAUACACAGCGUCUUUUUCUGUAGCUCCGGCUGUCCAGCUACAGCCUGCAGUCUCCACAGUGUCAGCUGUACAACCAGGGCAGCUUAAACCCUUCAGUCCUGUUAUAAAUGCACCUCAUGCAGGCUCAGGUGGACAAGGCAGCGCCCUAUUGUCACAUAGUGGACCUCAGAGCUGCCCUUCUCCUCCAGCGUCAGCACAGACCCCCACACCGGUACCCCUCCCCACCCACAUCCUGUUGUGUGACAGUUCACAGGAUCAACAGCUUUCGUCUGGAGAGUGUGUGUCAUCUUCAUCAGAGGAGAGUGGAGACUGCAUGAGUGAAGAGGAUGAGCUGGACAGAGUGGACACCAUGCCUGUCAGAGACACAAGCUGUCAGACCAGCGUAGACAAGCAUACUGUGAUGCUGAAACACAAAAGCAAGUCAGGGAGCCCUGAAAAGACAGCCAGGAAGGUGAUGACUGUCAAAUACCUGUUAGGAGAGCUGAAGGCGCUGGUAGCUAAUCAAGACAGUGAGGCAGUUCGUCUUAUCUCAGAGGUGGAGCAGAGCAUCUCCUUGCUCCCUGCCAUGGUGGGCAGCACCAACAUUCAGGCUGAACUUGCCCUUGCACUACAGCCACUCAGAAGUGAGAAUGUGCAGCUCCGCAGGCGUCUGAGAAUAUUGAAUCAGCAGUUACAGGAACGGGAGAGAGCAGAAAGACAGGCCAGACCCGUGGAUUGCAAUCUGGAAUUGGUCUCUCUGCAGUCGCUAAACCUCACACUUCAGACUCAGUUAAAUGACCUCCAGAGAGAGCUGGAGAACCUUCAGCAGGAGAACCAGAAACUACGGCAGGCUGUAGAGGACAGAGAGAACGACCUGCAGCAGACCAAAGAGCAAUGCGAGUUAGAGACAAGUCGUAUACGCAAGGAUGUGAGUGAGGCAUUAGCUGAAAUGCGAAACUGCCAGGCUAAGCUGGAAGACUCGGAGAGGGAGAAGACUGCACUGACACACAGCCUCCAGCAGAAGGAGGCAGAGAUCACAAAACUACAGGAGAUCAUCAGAAAUCUUCAGAAAAGCUCCAUCCCUUGCCACCCUGCUCAGACAGAUGUUUCCAGACCUCCUGCGGCUCAGCUCACUAAGAGUGUCCUAGAUCAGUAUGAGAAUCAGCAGCGAGAGCCUUCCGUGGCCAAUCAAGUCACAGACUCCGUUAAGGCCUACCUUCAGACCCUGGAGGACUCAGGACACAGCUCGCCACCUCAUCCAGCUCACCCUCAACCCCAUAAACUGUCUCGCUCUUUUCCUGGCCAGUGGAAACAUAGACAAGAGAGCUCCCCUAAAAGCUCAGAUGUACACACAUUACUAAAGAACACGACAGUUGGGAGUGUGAGUCAGGAAGUAGAGCAGAGUGAGACGGCUUUUAUUCCUCUACGAGAGACGGCAAGGGGGCAGCCUGCACCAGUUCCCCAGAAACACUCUCCAGUUCAAGGAAACGAUCAUGUCGGACUGAAGUACCUCGGUCUUGCUUUUAAUAAACUUGGCAUCUCGAAUGGCCUCCCAGCUCUGGAUGAUGAUCGUUGUACAGAUUACCUCCCACGUCCUGAUGGCGUGAACUCGCAGCUGAAACAGCCCAGUGAGGGUGCUGUUAAUCCUGCAGAGCAAUCCCAAUCCCAGCAUGCACGGCGGCGUCUGCAUAUGGGUGAAGCAUCAGUAUACACAGGAAGGCCAUCAGCACAUGAGAACUCCUUUUCAUCCUGUGAUAUAAAAUCCUUAGCUUCAGACUGGAGUGUGAACUCCUGGUCUACGUUCAACACGCGCGACGAGCAAGAGUUCCGCAACGGGUUAGCAGCUUUAGACGCCAGUAUUGCCAGCCUGCAGCGGACCCUGAAAGCUGACCUUAAGAGAUGAUUUACUGUCUUAAAACUUAUACUAAUGUAGUUUUAUGCCUGUGAGUUUUAAAUGUUUUAAUAAUGUUCUUAAAUUAUUUGUCAUUAAAGUAAAAAGUGCAUCUUA